UAACCGUCAAAGAUAGAAAACACAGAAAAAAGAAGCUGAAAUUCCCAGCCACAAAUAGUGCAAAACCAAACCAAAAAAGAAAGAAAAAUGAGCAUCGGGGUAGGAAAAACCGUGUGCGUAACUGGAGCCUCUGGUUACAUUGCGUCAUGCCUUGUUAAGCUUCUUCUCCUUCGUGGUUACACUGUCAAAGCCUCUGUUCGUGACCCAAAUGAUCCAAGAAAGACACAACACUUACUUGCACUUGAAGGUGCUGAGGACAGGCUGAAGUUGUUUAAAGCGAACCUAUUGGAAGAAGGUUCCUAUGAUGCUGUUGUUGAAGGUUGUGAAGGUGUUUUUCACACAGCAUCUCCCUUUUAUCAUGAUGUCACAGAUCCACAGGUAGAAUUACUUGAUCCUGCUGUCAAAGGCACCCUAAAUGUUCUGAACUCAUGUGCUAAGACCUCCUCUGUCAAACGAGUGGUCUUAACAUCUUCUAUGGCUGCGGUCACAUACAAUGGAAAACCUCGAACUCCAGAUGUUGUGAUCGAUGAAACUUGGUUUACUGAUCCAGAUUACUGUAAGGGCUUAAAGCUUUGGUAUGUAGUCUCAAAAACCAUGGCUGAGGAUGCUGCCUGGAAAUUUGCACAAGAGAAGGGCAUUGACUUGGUUGCCAUAAAUCCUGCAAUGGUGAUCGGUCCUCUUUUACAGCCAACACUUAAUACAAGUGCUGCAGCAGUUUUAAGCUUAAUCAAAGGAGCACAGACAUUUCCCAAUGCAACUUUUGGUUGGGUUAAUGUUAAAGAUGUUGCAAAUGCACAUAUCCAGGCAUUUGAGAUUCCGUCAGCUAGUGGAAGAUAUUGUUUAGUUGAGAGAGUUGCACAUUUCUCAGAAAUUGUGAAGGUCUUACAAGAGCUGUAUCCUUCUUUCCAACUUCCGGAAAAAUGUGCAGAUGACAAGCCUUAUGUGCCAACAUAUCAGGUGUCAAAGGAAAAAGCAAAAUGUUUGGGUAUAGACUUUAUUCCUUUGGAUGUGAGCCUAAAGGAAACAGUUGAAAGCUUGAAGGAAAAGGGGUUUGUCAAUUUUUGAAGUCCUCCAGAUGAUGAAUAAAAGGUGGUGUUAGCAAGCUGUUGCUUGGUUGUUUCUGGUUUUGGAAUAUAUGGCCUCUUAUUUUCUAUUUGCAGUUUUACUUGAGAAUGGAGAUGUUUUGACUCAAAUUUAUUCCCCAUCCCUAACUAUUUUUUUGGUUCAGUGCUAAUGCAUAUAUCUUUGCUCCAAAAAACACAGCCAAAAGUUGGAAUCUCUUUCCAAAUUAAAAUAAUAAAUGUCAAUUUUCUUUAUUACUA